UUUGACCAGAAUCUGCCCACAGAAAUAAGGAAACUCUAUAAAAGAUGGAGGAUUUAUUGCCCAUCUCAGCUGCUGAACAAACUGCUUUCUGUGUUGAACUGUUAAAGCGCCUCAACGUUCAGCGAAAACAAGAUUUUUUGUGCGACAUUACUUUGGUGACGAACGACGACAGAGAGUUAAAGGCUCACAGAAAUGUGCUUUCCGCCGCAAGUCCAUUUUUUUGCAAGCUUCUUCAGAGCGACAUGAAAGAGAAUCGAGAAGGGAUUAUUCGAUUUGAGGAAAUUUCAGGAUCUGUUCUGGAAGAUGUUCUGGAAUUCAUCUACACUGGGACUGUGGCGGUAACUCAGGAGAAUGCCAAGGAACUGAUCGUAGCAGGGAAUUAUUUGAUCAUACCAAGCUUGAAAACUGUUUCGGGGCGAUUUCUGGAGGCAGAAAUGUCCGACUCCAACUGCAUUUCAACGUUUUACUUCGCUGAGAAAUACGACUGUGUCGAGCUUAUCGGCAACAGCAGGAAAUUCAUUCACGAAAAUUUCGUCUGCGUAGGAGAAAAGGAUGAGUUUUUCAGCUUGGAGGCUAAGGAGGUGACGAGGUGGAUUUCAAGCAGCAAGAUUGCUGUGGGAGCGGAAGUAGAUGUUUUUAAGAUCAUAGUUCAGUGGGUUGAACACAACAAGAGCGAGCGAAAAGCCUACUUUGAGGAAUUAUUUGGUCACGUUCGCCUGGAUUUCCUAUCGCGUGAUUGUCUGCAGGAUGUCGUGACAAACGAACUUGUCCGUGACAGUGCUGUUUGUUUGAGGCUGACCGUGGACGCUAUCGUAAAGAUGGCUACUUUUUCGAAUGAAGAUGAUCUACCGCAGUCACCAAGAAAAGGUAUGGAAACGCGUGUUAUUUUAGCAUGUGGUGGCAAGUUCACUUUUUGUUUCAUCCCUGAAAAAAACCAGUGGAAGCGGCUGCCAGAUGGGUCAACCGAGAGAAACCAGAAAACACAAAUGCUAACAUUUCGUGAUCAGCUGUACACAUUUAAGGAUUUCAGCAAGGCAGAGAAGUAUGAUCCCGUGUUCGAUGGCUGGUCAAAGUCGGAUCUGAGAGACGUAUCAGCAGAUAGCGCCAUUGUGACUGUUGUCAAAGGGGAUGUGUACGCCAUUGAAGUUAACAAACCCGUUGGAAAGUCUACUAUCAAGAGAUACAAUGUGGAGCGUUGUACAUGGCAAACAGUGGUGGAAUCUCCCCAAGGUUGUAGGAACGGUUCCUGUGUUAUCGUAGGUGACAGCUAUCUGUAUCUUUUAGGUGGAUCGACCCCUGGCAAUGCUAGCUACGUCUCUAAAGCUGAGAGAUUCAACAUUGUGGAAACCCAUUGGGAGGAAAUCGCUGAUAUGCAACAAGGAAGAGGUGGUGCCUUUGGAGUGGCAAGUGAAGGAAAGAUUUUUGUUGCUGGAGGCUUAAACGAAAAGAAUAAGGUGUCAAAAAAAUGCGAGAUGUACAAUGUUUCUACAAACGAAUGGCACUUCAUUGGAAGCUUAAACACUUGGCGUGUGUAUGGCAGCAUGGUGUGUCUGAGUGGAACAUUCUAUGUACUGGGUGGCACCAAGAAUAAUAGGGAUAGAGUACUAUCAGUUGAAUGUUACGACUCUGGAGAAAACAAGUGGAUUGAGAAGACAUCCAUACCAGUGGAAAGGUACUUAAAUAAAAAUGAGGACACAUUCACCGGAUGUGUGAUGAAGCUCUCUAAAGGAGUACUUGAGAAAUCUGACUCUAUCAAGGAAAAGCCCAUCGGCUUUGCAUUUGGCGAGGCAGCCACCACGUCAACUCCCUUCGGCGCCUCCCAAACCUUCACCUCAACCGCCACCGGUGUCUUCGGCGUCCCCAUUGUCCCCUCAAGCGCCGCGGCCUUCACCUUUGGCCGCGUUCAGUCAAACCAAGCUGCCGCGGCUCCUGUUCUUGUAUAUGAGUUGUCUGAUGAUGAUGACUGA